GAGAAGACUUUUGAUAGGACUUUUCGCAUGGAUGAAGCGCAUUUUAACCGCUUGUUGAGCAUGCUAAGGCCGUCGUUGAGCGUGGACGGUGUGAUGUCGACGCGAAGGACUGGAGUGACUCCUAUAUCUGAAGAAGUUGUACUACACUGCACGCUCCACUACCUUGCUGGCGGUUCGUAUUUGGACAUUCGAGACGUAGCUCAAGUGAGUGUGCCUUCGUUUUAUCGGUGUUUGAACAAGGGCAUCCUUGCUGUUCUCAACUGUGUCGAGUUGGCUAUUCGGCUUCCUACAACCCCAAGUGAG